AUGAUGCGUUCCGCCCUUUCGUUCGCCGCCGUUCUCGGCGCGGUGGCUGCUAUGCCUGGACAGCCUGAGGGCUACGGCAACGGUGGAUGGGGAGGCAAUGGUGGUGGAUGGGGUCCUGCCAAGAACACCACGUCUACCAGCUCUUCGUGGACCUCUUCGGAGACUUCCUCGUGGUCUUCGUCCUCUUCCAGCGUUUGGACUCCAACUAGCUCGACCUGGACUAAGCCUACCUCGACUUCCGUCUGGAGCUCUGGAUCUUCUUCGACUUGGACGCCAAUCACAACGACCUAUACGUACACUACCACGGUUUCUACGGUUGUUCCUUGCCCAACAGACACUACCUCUUGGACUACCUCGUGGUAUACUACCACCUACACCAGCUGCGCCACCUGGACCAAACCCCAGCCUCCUCCAACGACCUGGGUUCCUCACCCAACCGGCAGCGUGCCUCCUCCACCUCCUCCGCCAGCCAACAUCACCACCACGAAGACUGCUUCUCUUCCACCGAUCACCAGCUCGAUCACCAAGACAAUCACAUCGACGAUCACCGAGAAGUGCCCCGUCUGCCCUGGCGGAUCGACCACCUACACCUCGUGCACAACUCUGACCUACCCAGUGCCACCGGUCACCACCUCAACUGCCACGAUCACCAGCACGAUCACGACCCUGGUCCCUUGCAGCACGCAGACCUCCUCUAACGGCCAGACCUGGUGGACUACCUACUUGACCACCUCGUACAUCACCACCGUCACGACCAGCUGCAGCACUUACCUGCCAACGCCACCAACUGUGCCUGUUGUGCCAACCUCGCCGCCAAGCACUCCUCCAACUGGUCCAAACUCGCCUCCAUCUACGCCAAACUCGCCACCAACCUCGCCAAACUCUCCUCCAACCUCGCCAAACUCCCCACCAACCUCUCCCAACUCUCCUCCAACCACUCCAAACGGCCCAGGAGGCAGCUGCCCCAUCUGCCCAGUCUCCCCAAGCUGCCCAGCAGCCCCCAGCGGCACCGCAACCGUGACCUCCUACAUCGUCAAGCCAACCCCACCACCCUACUGCCCACCAGGCUCGACCAUCACCACCGAGUGCGUGACCAUCACCCUCAGCUACGGCUACACAACCUCCAUCUACAUCACCUACCCUGCACCCACCGGCAGCCUCCCACCAUGGAGUGUCCCCCCGCCAAUCUCCACCGGCAGCCUGCCUCCACCACCAAACGGCGGCUCGCACCCCAGCGGCUGGAAGCCCUCCGGCUGGUCUCCUAGCAUCAUCACCCCGACCCCUGUCCCCACUACCACCGUCACCUCGACGGGGAGCUGGGGCUGGAGCAAGCCUGCGCCUACCUACUACCAGAACUGGUAG